GCUCAACGUGGGAGACGCGAAAAUGUGAAGUUGUUUUGAACGCAGACGACCCUUUGUGGAGUUUGUGACAUUAAGACAUGAAGGUUUCGCGUUUUCAGAAUAAAACGUAACUGCUGCGUGGGUUUUGGUGGGAUUUGUCUUACUAUGAUGCCAGGAGAGAAUCAGUCCAAAGCGUUAGCAAUCGCCGCGGACGCGACGACUGGAAGCUGUCAAAACUGCUCUGUCUUACAGCAGAGUCUGGGAGAAUAUGUGUCGUCAUUCUUGACACUGAAACGGAAGAUAACGGUUUCAGAUGACACAAUCAGGCUUCAGCAGAAGCUGGAAGAGCUUCAGCUCCAGCUGGUUACUCUGGAGAAGAAGACGGCUGAUUAUGAAUCAGUUCAAGCAGAACUGGAAGAAAAAAAGGGUGUGCUCAAGGUCUAUGGACAACUGUCUGAAGAGAUGGAAAAACUAAAGGUGGAAAACAGCAAGACAGUUGCACAGAAUAAAAAGCUUGAAGACCAGAUAAAGAAUGUAAAAGAUUUAUCAGAAAAGGAGUCACUUGAAAAUGCACAGCUAAAGAGGGAGAAGGCUGUUCUGGAAGAUGAUUUGCUGAAAUUCCAGGCAUCUUUGCAGAAAUCUCAGGCACAAGCAGAGCAAGUUGAAAAACUGAUGGAGGAAAAUGCCAAGUUGACAAGCACAAACGACAGCCUUGAAAGUAAAGUCCGAAUUUUUGAAGACUCAGUUUGUCAACAGAAGCAUCAAAUAUCCCAACUGACCAAAGAGAAGACCCUACUAGAGAGAAAUAUUCAUGAUCUGCAGGUGAGACUGAUGAAACUGGAAAGGGAAAGGAAUAAAGAGCACAGGAGCACAACGACUCAAGCAAGUGCACCUGCAGAAGCUAAAAUUGACAAAGAAAAGUUCCGGAGGUUACUACAGAACUUGUGGGCAUGCGUAGAGCAGGAGUCUGUAAACCAGUUGCACUUUCCCGAGUCAAGAGUUCCUCCUUCCUCUCCACAAACCCCACCGCGCUCUCAUCUGAGUAAAAUGUCCCCAUUUGCUUCUCAGAAGACCAGUGAAUCCCACAGUCUCUGCAUACCAGCGAAAGCAACUCAUACUCAGUUAAAACUGUCUCCUUGUGCACAGGAUGUCAUCAAGCACAAAGCAUCUUUUAAGUGCUCUAGUGAAAGGAAACAAACAGGCACGCCCAAAAAGGGCAAGCGAUCACCUAAGGAAUACGAAGCUGAUGAGUCAUCUACUGACAUGGACAUACUGACUCUUGAAGAAAUCAUCAGAUUGUUUAAACCCAUGCCUCCCAGUAUUUCACCGCUUCCAGAUUUGGACACAGAGAUGGAGUCCAUAAAGAUGGAUGAUGGAGAAAAUGAAACUCAUCAUAAACCCUCUGAUGAUGCCCCUACUCUUAAAGAAGAACUGCCCUUAGACAUUACAUCAUCAUCAAACCAAACCAAUGCAAAAUCUUCUGCACUUCAGACAGAAGAGAAUGCAGCCUUGCCAGUGGUCAUAACCCAGGGAGAUGGAGAACUUUCCAAUGAAAAAGACUUUGAACAAACCAGGUUUAGUGGCGUUUCUGAAAUUAAUGGCAAAAUCAUUACAGAUACAAGAGAAGUUCAUCCUCAAAACAACAGGCUGAUUGAGCAGGAGCCAUCAUGUGCACAGUUAUCGCCAUUAUCUUCAUCGUCUUUUUCCACAUCAAACUUUACAGGAUUCAUAGAGACUGUAACUGACAGAGAAGAUGAGCCGGAGACUAUAACAAGCAUGGAUGUCGACAUAAGCCCUAGUGACAUUAACAGUACCAAAACAGUUACUCCUGAUGGUAGUGAGUCACCAAGAGUAAGUGACUGUAUGGAAGGAAACAUGGUUGCAACUACAGAAAAUGGUUCAGAAAUUGAAAAAAAUACUCAGGAUUCAUUUAAACCUCAAGAGAGUACAGAGUCUGUCUGCAAGGACUCAGAUAUCCCUGAACACGCUCUAAGAUCAUCAGGCAGCAGUGACGGCGUCAGUAGUGUCUUUAAUGAAAAUCUUGAAGAGAAACUGAAAAUUGAUGAAAGCCUCAAACGUCUUGGGACGGAAGAUGGGAUUGCACAGGGAACUCGGGAAGAUGAUGUAACAGCUUUGCCUGCAUCAUCAAACUGUGAUAAUAUACCUCCACCUCCUCAGUCUCCACUGUUAAAGAAGGAAAACAACCAGUCCACUGAUGUUCAGGAAUGUGGUCAAGCAAAUGUUGAACCUGCUUCAAAAAAGGAUGGUGGCAUAGACACAGUGACCAACUCCCAAGAAAUGGAUACUGUAAAGAGUGAAUCUUUGAAAGAAAAUUCUCUUUACCGGCGGGUGAGUCCUUCAUGUCUUUUACCCGCUGUAAAGCUGCAAGCUUCGGAAACUCAACCAAAUCCAGGAAAAUUGAAUCACAGCGUUAAUAUAGACCUCAUCUCAACAAACACACUAACUCUUUGUCCAAAUUUAGAGGAAGAAAGAGACAUAGAAAAAGCUACUGUUGAAGACCUUGCUCAGCACAAAAGGCACACAGGUAGUACUACGCCAUCGGAGACCAUGCCUGACACCCCAGAGACAAAUACAGUAAACUGUAAAUCUUCAAAAGAAAACAGGCUGCUGAGUCCGUCAUGUCUUAUUUCUGCUACAAAGCUGCAGUUCAUGGAAACUCAGCCAAACCCAGAAAUGUCAGAUGCUGAUUUUCACACAAAAAACAUUUCAACAAACAUACAAACUCCUCCUUUCAGUUUAGAGGAACAAGGUAACAAAACUGCUGUUCUUGAAGACCUUCCUCAGGACAAAAUUGAUGGAGGUGGUAUUACUCCAUUAAUUCAAAAUCCAGCUGCCACAGAAGGACAAGAUACAUUUUUGACAUUGCAUGCAAAAGUGCCUGAAAAUCUGAUAAGAGAGGAAAAAACUACAUCAGGAGAAAGUUCAACUGUUGCUCAAACUCAAGAGUGUAUAAGCAAUGUUCGCAGUGAAAUGGGUCCUCCACUUCCUCGUCUCCUGACCCCUCUGAAGACACCUCCAAAGGCGAACAGCUCAAUCAACCCAAGGCAGGCUAUCGGGAAACUUUUAUUUCCUUCACCCAUGGACGGAAUCGAUUCACCUACUUCUCCUGCCCGGGCCAGCAGAACACCAAACAGUCAUCAGCUGAGUGCUUUAUCCACAAACAGCCCAAAUGGAGUCCCCUCAUCACCCCUUCAGUUUGGCUCUGCCACUCCUAAACAUGCUGUGCCAGUCCCUGGUCGCCUGCCCUUGACAGCAAUGAGUUCUCCAUCAUCAUCUACCACGCCAUCUCAGGAAAAUUCCAUGAGGAUUCUCGAUACCAUGUAUCCAGAGCUCUCCGCCCGAGCUCGGACACUGAGCAUUCUUAGAGGCAAUGUUAAUCUCAGCAUUUGCUCAUCAGAGAGUAGAACAUUGCCUACAACCAACAGUCAGAAGUCUAGCUUUAAAACUAUAAACUCCACUUCGACAGCAUUCACAAAGACUGAAAUGAGGGGAGAAAAAAGGCCUGCUGUCAGUAUGCCGCAGCCUAAAAACAAAUGUCUCAGGCUUGAGAGCAGCUCUGCUGGUGUCACUCGCACGCAGGUGCCUUCCUCCUCUUCAAACAAUGGCGAUGACACCCAGUCAGCACAUUCUCCAAGACUGGACCAGCACAAAGCUGAGGCAGCCUCUUCAUCCAUGAAAUCUGUAGAACAUCCAGAGCAAAAUCUUAUACUUAACUCUUUAAGAAAAAUUGAAAACCAGUGCUUUGACCUGCUGCCUGUGAUCCGGAGUCAUCUGUAUGUUGGGAACCUGCCCAAAAAGCCUGUCUUAAGAGAUGAGGAGAAGGAGGUCAUCUCUGAAGUUUGCCAGAGCAGCUCAGCAGAUGACAUGAUUGUGGCCAUCCUGAACACACUGAAAGCUGGAAAAAUGGACCUGAGCAGUAACUAUAUGCAGGCCCUCUGCAGAGUCUACACAGCCAUCUGUAGGCAAAGGAGAGAUGUGGAGAAGGCUCGUGUCCUGGCCUACAGCCUCCUCUUAGAAGAUUUCCCAGAUUCUGCUAAGCUGAUUUUGUUUAUGAUGACAACAUGGCCCACUGUUCUUACACACACUAGUUCUCUGUGCCAGGCCAUUCAUACUGUCACCAAACUAAGAGCACCAGAAGAGCUUCUCAGCUGCCUUUCAGCUUUUCUUGGUUGGGAUAAGAGUCCUCCCUGUGACAUUGACGAGCUGAUCUCCACAACACUGUCUGAGAUCAAAUCAGGAUCAGAUUUGUCCUUCAUAAAACACAGCCGGUAUGGGGAGGACCUAGGAACCGAAGCUUGGGAACAGGUCUAUGCGCUGCACCUUCUUUGUACAAACAAGAAGUGGAAGUGGACCUAUGAUAAUUUACUUGGCAAGGAGUUGUGGCCACUAAUGAACAGUUGGAUAACACAGCCAAGACAGCAACAACAACCCAUCUCUGAUGUGGCUGCCGCUACUGUACUCCGACUCAUAGGACGCCUCGGUCAAACGGGACUGAAGGAGAAGUGUAUUUCAACAGUGGUCACUAUUGCCAAUGUCAUCAAUUCAUUUGGUAGACAUGGACCAGCUGAAGGUGUGCCAUGGGAGGUGCAGUUAGCAGCCAUUUACUGCAUCUAUGACCUGUCUCCAUGCAACCCCAAACAGGCCCUGGAAGCCCUUGCAGGAUGGAGAGGAGAAAUAUCUCAAAGUGUCCCUCCUGCUGUCACUAGCUGCAUUAACCAGCUGGCUUCUAUUUGCAGACAGGUCAAUAGCUGACAUGCACAAAUUCACAUGAAACCAGCAUGUCAGUUUGUCUUUAGAGACAGAGAAGUAAAUCAGUGUUGAUUUUAACUUAGCUGGCUGACUCGCAAGGAGUUAGAAAUAGGGUUGUGAUCUUUGGGGUGGGGGCUCCUGGAAAUUCUGAAGUUUUAAAAUGGUCAGCAGAUUUCUUAGAGGUCUGCUUUUGUUCAUUUUUUUAUGUGCAUUUCUACUCUAAAAUGUUAUAAAAAUGUAGCGGAUGCUUCCUCAGUAUUUUAUUAUAAUGGAGACAAGUUUUUAAAUCAACCACAGCUUGUAGCAAAUGUACUGGUGUAACAUAUAUCCAUCUGUUAUAAUAAUCUGAUAUAUAAAGUACUGUAAAAUGUGUAUAUGUGUUGUGUUCUGGUUUUGCUGUGGUGUUGCUGUUAAUGUUUCUUCGCUGAAGUUUGCAUUUGUGGCAUCAGUGUUUAUAUACAUGAAAAAUAAGAUUGCCAAAGUAAAUGUUUUGUACAGUUAAAAUUU